AUGGGUAUUUGUAUGUCUUCUUUUCAAACCAUCUGCUCUAAGUCUGAAUUCAUUGAAAUACGUCAAAUUGUCGAGUACUAUUUCCGCGAUGAGUGGGUGCUCCAAUUAGGGUUAGACUUGAACGACAAUGUUUUGGACGCAUGUCAGUCCUAUCGUGCGGCCUCAUCGGCAAUUAGCAGUCAAGUUGAUGUUGCUGAAGCUAAAGACAUGGCAAGUUAUCACUACAAUGCUCUAUCAAAACUUGACAUUCCGCAGGAAUAUAUAUCCCAUCAUCAAUUGGUAUUCCAAGCGGUAACCUUGAAUCAUGUUAUAGGAAAUAUAAACUAUCGUCCAGAGUUUAACGUUGAGACACCGCGCCGUCCUCUAUCACUUUCACAAAGGGAUUCCCUGUAUGCGUGUAUUACAGCAGGCGUUCUCGACCUAAAGGCUGCGGCCGAGCUAAUUUUCCACCAGAAACAGUGCGGUCAGUUCAACAUAGUCACCUAUCAGGAGUUUGUAAAUUCGGAAACGGCAUCAAGAAUCGUGAGUUACUCAUCGGAAGGCCUGACUGGGUCGACAGGAAGAAAUCUGGAGAUAAGACUGAUUGCGCACCAGUUGCAGGCUGACAUAACGACCGCAAAAGUAGAGAAAAUGAGGCGAGAGAUGGAGAUUCGCAGCAAUGGAGAGCCGCCCGAAAACACCGCAAUUUCUCUGAUAAACUGCAAAAAAGACUGGGUACUCGCGGGACCACCUCCCUUUAUUGAGGUCAACCUCAACGACUUGGUUGUGGGACACUUGGAAGGCAGGAAGGAAUCAAAGACAUUAUUUAAGCGAUUUGCCGCUUUGUAUCGACACAUCCUUCAAAAGGUGACUGACCCGCCAUAUCGCAUACAGGAAUACGCGAUACGAGAAAAUGAAAAAGGCGGACGAAAUAAAAAUCUUCAAAAUCUACCACGUGUGGUAGAAAAUAUGCUCAUGGAAGUUAAAAUGCAAGACGCAUCGCUAUCUGAUGAAGUAGACGAGGUUAAGAAACAGCCAGAAUGGAAAAUCAUGAAAGAGUCGACCAGAGAGGAGCCGGAUGAGUCCUUAAUACCAGAAGAAGCUCGUCUGCAUAACGAAAGGCUCUUAGUUCCUACGUUGGAACUGGAGCUAGAUCAAACCGACCGCCUAUCGCGGAUUUAA